AUGUUCUUAUCUUUGCAAGUACCAACACCACUGCGUUACUACACCCCAAGCACAUUUCUUAAAACACGGGAAAGUGAAGGUUUGUUUCAGCCUGGUAACUUCUUUAGAGAAGCCGAAGAUUUACGAGCUGUGAUAGAAUAUUUUACUGGAGCAAACCGUACAGUUGUUGCAAUUCUUGGGCACAGUAAAGGUGGCUAUGUUGUCCUCUUAUAUGCAUCAAAAUAUCAUGAUAUAUCUGCUGUGGUCAAUGUUUCUGGCCGCUAUGAUCUCAAGAGAGGUAUUGAAGAUCACCUGGGUAAAGAGUUCUUAGAAAGAAUAGAAAAGGAUGGAUACGUCGACAUCAAAAAGGGAAUAGGUGAUCACGGGUUAUCUGUUAUGUAG